ACUCUUCCACCUCCAUGAGCAUAUGCUCUGAUAAAGGGAUGACUCUGAGGACAAUCCUAGCCUUACAUGGGACGGCCCAUCCAAUUCAGUGGCAACGUGACAGCGGUGAGGACUACUUUCGGAACGCACCUGUGAAAAACAUAGCCUAAAUAAAAGCCAGGAAAAAAUUAUAACAGAAAUGUUUGGUGCUUUUACGUAGUCGGUGAUAUUUAUUUAUGCAAUUAAGAAAUGGUUGUUUCUCAUACUUGUCAAUGCACUCUGCAUUGCUCUGCAUAACAAGAUUUACUGUCAGUGAAAUAUGAUGGAGCAUCUCCUGAGCAACCUGUUAGAAAAACAUAUGGAUUGGCGUAGCUGAAUUUAAUAUAACCUACAAAACAAUUAUUGAAUUAUCCUUUGAAAUUACAUGAUAAUAAAAUAUUCCAUCACUCAAAAUGAAACUACUAUCCAAAAAUGUUGACAAGAAUUCUGACGGCGACAUAACAUUAAUCCCAGAGGAGCCGGAAGAUUUAUGGCAUGCCUAUAAUUUAAUUAGUGAAGGGGAUUCUGUGCGAGGAUCUACCAUUAGGAAAGUCCAAACCGAAUCAUCGACUGGAAGCUCAUCGAGCAACAGAGUAAGAACUGUGUUGACGAUCAAAGUGGAAUCUAUAGAUUUUGAUACCCAAGCCUGUAAACUGAGAUUAAAAGGUCGAAAUAUUGAAGAAAAUCAGUAUGUCAAGAUGGGUGCUUAUCACACGCUGGAUCUAGAGCAGAAUAGAAAAUUCACACUUUACAAGCCUGAGUGGGAUUCCAUUUCCUUGGAACGAGUAGACACGGCUUGCGACCCUACUCAGAGUGCUGAUUUAGCUGCUGUUAUAAUGCAAGAUGGAAUAGCUCAUGUUUGCCUUAUUACCUCUAACAUGACUUUGGUUAGAGCUAAAAUAGAUCAAAAUAUACCAAGAAAAAGAAAAGGGAACGUAUCACAGCAUGAAAAGGGUUUGGCUCGCUUUUAUGAAAGCGUCAUGCAAGCAAUCCUACGACAUAUCAAUUUCGAUGUAGUCAAGUGUAUUCUCUUGGCCAGUCCUGGUUUUGUUAAAAAUCAAUUCAUGGAGUUUAUGAUUCAAGAAGCAGUGAGAACAGAUAAUAAAGUGAUUCUAGACAAUAAGGCCAAGUUCAUGCUUGUACAUGCUAGUUCUGGCUUCAAGCACUCACUGAGAGAGGUGCUGGCAGACCCAGCAGUCGUAAGUCGAGUAGCUGACACAAAAGCAGCUGGUGAAGUGAGAGCAUUACAGGCUUUUUAUACGCUGUUACAAACAGAACCAGCCAGAGCAUUUUAUGGGAAGAGACAUGUGGAAAAAGCUAACGAGGCUCAGGCUAUUGAGACUUUAUUAAUUUCGGACAAAUUGUUCAGAUGUCAAGAUAUUGCGACGCGGAAACAAUAUGUCAACCUCGUGGACAGUGUCAGAGAGUUCGGUGGUGAUGUCAAAAUUUUUUCCAGCAUGCAUGUAUCUGGUGAACAACGAGGAGUGGUGAUGAUCAUCGACACGCUGACACAUAAGUGAUUCCCGAGGUCUCCUGGCAGUAAUGGGGGAAAGUACCAACGCCUAAUUUCGUGGAAUCCCAUUCCCUUAACCGCCCUAACACUCUUAUAACAAGGCAGUACUGUAUUUAUUUCGUUAAGUUAGUAUUAUAUUUGUUUAUUAACCUAUGGAUACGAGAGCCACCAUUUUAUUUCAUCAAAGACUUACAUUUACAUUUUAUCAUCA